GUGUCUUCCUCCGAUCACGUUCCCCGCCUCCCGCCAUUUCACCCCGCCCCAAUCCCCAAAACCCCCCUCCCGCCUCCCCCCACCCAAACCCUAACCCUAGGAGGAGCCGGCGGCGGGGCGGAGGGAGAUGCCGAAGGCGCCGGCCGCCGAGGAGGAGGAGUUCCGCGCGGAGGUGGAGGAGCGGCUGAUCAACGAGGAGUACAAGAUCUGGAAGAAGAACACCCCGUUCCUGUACGACCUCGUCAUCACCCAUGCGCUCGAGUGGCCCUCCCUCACCGUGCAGUGGCUCCCCGACCGCGCCGAGCCCGCCGGGAAGGACCACUCCGUCCAGAAGAUGGUGCUCGGCACCCACACCUCCGACAACGAGCCCAACUACCUCAUGCUCGCGCAGGUCCAGCUCCCCCUCGACGACGCCGAGGCCGACGCGCGCCACUACGACGACGACCACGCCGAGAUCGGGGGGGGGUUCGGCGCCGCCUCCGGCAAGGUGCAAAUAGUUCAACAGAUAAAUCAUGAUGGAGAGGUUAAUCGAGCUCGAUAUAUGCCCCAGAAUUCAUUUAUAAUUGCUACAAAGACAGUUAGUGCAGAAGUAUAUGUCUUUGAUUAUAGCAAGCACCCAUCAAAGCCUCCACUGGAUGGUGCAUGCAAUCCUGACUUACGACUCAAGGGACACAACUCUGAAGGAUAUGGCUUGUCUUGGAGUAUAUUUAAGGAGGGUCAUUUGUUGAGUGGAUCUGAUGAUGCUCAAAUUUGCUUAUGGGAUAUCAAAGCAAAUAGUAAAAACAAAACUCUUGAUGCUCUUCAGAUUUUUAAGUAUCAUGAUGGUGUCGUUGAAGAUGUUGCCUGGCAUUUGAGGCAUGAAUACUUGUUUGGCUCAGUUGGUGAUGAUCACAAUUUGCUGAUUUGGGAUUUACGCUCUCCUGCACCUACUAAGCCUGUACAGUCUGUGAUGGCACACCAGGGUGAGGUGAAUUGUCUAGCUUUCAACCCCUUCAAUGAAUGGGUUGUGGCAACUGGUUCAACUGACAAGACUGUGAAACUAUUUGAUCUUCGGAAGAUUGAUACUUCCUUACACACCUUUGAUUGCCACAAGGAGGAAGUAUUUCAAGUUGGAUGGAGCCCAAAGAAUGAGACUAUACUUGCAUCUUGUUGUCUGGGCAGAAGGUUAAUGGUCUGGGAUCUAAGCAGAAUUGACCAGGAACAGACACCAGAGGACGCGGAAGAUGGCCCUCCGGAGCUCCUGUUCAUUCAUGGAGGUCAUACAAGCAAGAUCUCUGAUUUCUCCUGGAACCCAUGCGAGGACUGGGUGAUUGCAAGUGUCGCUGAGGACAACAUCCUUCAGAUAUGGCAAAUGGCGGAGAACAUCUACCAUGAUGAGGAUGAUGUGCCAAGUGAUGACCCUGCGAAGGCUCCCUGAAACCUUGGGUAGAAAACGAGAAUAUGAACAAAAUAAAACCUUAACUGUGUGACUUUAGGUACCCUCCUGUGUUGUAACUUGUUAGCCUGGUUGGCAGUUUACCGACAGAAUGUCAGUCUUAAUACAAUACCAGUUAGC